UAGAUCACCACAUUCCGCUUCCAAUCGGCCACCUGUUGUCCAUAUCAGAACAAGCCAAUGAUCGCAUGCUCCAGCAUUGCAAGGCCAAUCGAAAACGAUUCGCACUCGCCAAGCUGGCAACGGCCAAGGGGAAGGCUCCCGUAAAGGAGACAAAGUUGGAUACACCUGGACCCUCAGAGCCUGUACUCCUGGGACUUCUCCAGAAAAGCGACCAUUUUCUGCGCAUCAAAGCUACCCCGUGGGAGUCCGCGGAGUGUGAUGUGGAGAUCUGGGGACUCCCAUACAACGCGAUCCUUGAUUCCGAGGGAGCAGUGUUGGCAAUAUCCCUGCGAGUAGUGGAACGGGCAGGAAGAAGGAAGGAUUUGGUCCCACUCAACGAAGGAGACCGUUUGAUCUCCGCCGAUGAGGAGAAGAUCAGAGCGAUAGGAAAAAUGACAAACGUCGCUUUUAAGUUGGGAAAAGUCCACGCCUUGGGAGACGUGGUGGUUCUUAAUGUGAACUCGUACGACGUACUCAUCGGACUGCCUGCGUUAAACGCCCUCCAGGCCAAUCUAGACUUUGAGCGACGGAAGGUGGUUAUCAAGAACAUCGGGGGUAAGCCGUACGUAGUCCCCAUGCGCCUCACCCUCCGCACGGCUACCAACCCGCCACGUAGAUCUCACCCAGAGGUAGGCGGGCCAAUUCGGACAGUCACCUGGGACGGACUCAUAGAGGACUCAGAGACUAGUAGCGAAGAACACGCGUCCCCGCUUCCCGAGGAUUUGGAAAGUGAGGACGAGACAAGCCCGGCGAUUCAAGAGUUGACACGAAGGGUAAUCCGCUACCCAGUCCGGCAGAAAAUGCCGAAAACGUUCGUGUUGACCGAAGAAAAUGUCCAACGAACUCGAGCUCUGAUCAUAGGAGAACCCCUGGUACAGGUGGCUCCCCGACUCUUCGGAACCCCCUCGGACCCUGUACGAGGGCACCACUCCCUUGCUCCCCCGAUACGUGGACAAGCGAUCCUUCUGCGACGUCACGGAACCCCCUCCCCGAUCGCUUCUUACCACAGACAAGGAGAUACGGUUGCUGCAUCUGGAGCGGAAAUACAGGCUCCGGAACCCCCUGGGUGCCCCGAAGCCUCGCUGUUUGAUGUCGGGAUAAAGAUCGCUGAGAAAUCGGUGGAUCCCCAGGAUAUUGCGGACGGGAUAACCCCCGAAGAACACGUGGCCAUCCGAGAAGAGGAAGCCCAGAUGGUAGCCACUGUGUUCUCGUGGUGGUCGGACAACUCUUUCAUCUCUUCCCCGUCGCCCCGGGACUCUAAGGCAGUACGUACCAAACACGUUACAGCCGAUAUACACGGGCGGCCUUACGAGUUACACGUGCCAGAAUACGUGUCCGACGGACCCCACCAACUUAUUGCAGAGAUCUUAGCGGAAUAUCGGGGUGCUAUCAGCAUUGAUGACGCGGACAUCGGAUUCUACCAUGUGCUCCCGCCCGUCUUUCCCCUUCUGAAGGGGAAACACGGGCGGGAGCACGUAGUCGAAUAUGCUUCGAGGACGAUGCCGGACGAAAGGAAGAAUGACUCGGCGCCACAAGGAGAAUGCUACGCUAUCGUCUGGGGAAUCAAGCACUUCCACCCAUAUCUCUAUGGGCAGAAGUUCCUCCUCGUAACGGAUCACGAGCCGUUGCUGACCCUCAAGAAGCUGACGAACUACACGGGAAUGAUUGGGCAAUGGGCGGUGAGGCUGCAGGAGUAUGAUUUUGAUAUCGUCCACAGAAAAACGGAAAGGCACGGGAACGCCGACGGAUUGACACGUCUGCACCGGCCAGGCAAGGUGCCACGCAACGAGGAGAUCACUCCGUGGAAGGAUCGCGAGCAUCCCAAGGGACUCGGUUACCUAGAUCCCGGGACCAUUGCGAACGCUCACUUCAACCCGGUGAGCAGAGGAGAAGAGGAGGAGGAAGAGGAAGAAGACGAGGAAGAGACCUUCGGAGAAGACGAGGAAGAGACCUCCGGAGAGGACGAGGAUUGUAGUGAGCAUAGUGGGCAUGAGGCGGGGGUGGUGAGCGAAGAAGAAGAAGAAGAAGAAGAAGAAGAAGAGCGGGAGGAGGCAGAAGAAGAAGCGGUCGGAGAAGAGGAAGCGCUGAUCAGGCGGAAGCCCAAGAAGAGGAUCCGGAGGCAGAGCGACGCAGGGCGGCCAUCGUGGAAGGAAAGCGGUCAUUGGAGCAGUCGGUGGGAGUUGAUCUGCCUGUACCAAGAGCUCCCUGAAACGGUGAUGGGGACGGCGAAUUUCUUACCGCCUUUGCCGAAUGAUCUUCCCCCGCCUAUCCCCGCCAUCUUCCGACUCCCCCACCCUUGAGACGACGACGGCUCGAAUGACGUGUCGACAGGAUGACUUCCACACUCUUAUCCUACGUUAACGACACGU